AUGUUGCGCACCUCCUUAAUCCGAAGCUCGCGCGGAGCAGCAGUCGUACGAUCGACCCCAACCGCGAUGGUCCAAAGGCGACAGGCACAUGCGAUCUCCAAUCCUACGCUGGCGAAUAUCGAGAAGAGAUGGGAGGCCAUGCCACCACAAGAGCAGGCUGAGCUGUGGAUGUCCUUGAGGGAUCGCAUGAAGGUCAACUGGGCAGAGUUGACUCUGCAGGAGAAGAAAGCCGCAUACUACAUUGCAUUCGGCGCCCACGGUCCUCGCGCUGCCACACCACCAGGAGAGGCAUGGAAAGUUCUUGGAUAUACUGGUGUUGGUAUUGCUGUCAGCUUCGUCAUUUUCGUUCUUAUCCGUAUGGGAUCUAAUGGUCCUGCCACAACAAUGACCAAAGAGUACCAGGAGGCAACGAACGAGUACCUCAAGUCACAAAACGCCGAGCCAAUCUCCGGUAUCUCCUCCGAAGGCUAUUCGGGCAAAGGCCAAGUGCAAUCCCCACCAAAGCGAACCUAG